UCUCAUCUAGUAAUCGAUUCCAUUCAUCUCUUCGUUAUACUAUCAUGCGUUCAUCAACUCUGUUGUCACUAGCUGCCCUAGCUGCUCAAACACAAGGCGUCAAACUCCGUAAAACGGAAUUUAACGUCUUAAUAUCCUCAAGGCCAGCGCUCAUUCUGUUUACAGCGGACGGUUGCAAGGAGUGUGACAGGGUGCAAGAAAUUUUGGACGGGGUGUCAGUGCUCACCAAGACUGCCAUUGCCUCAGUCAACUGUAACGAGGAGCCAGUGGUUUGCGAUGACUCCAAAGUCUUCACUGUUCCGACAUUGAAGUUUACAACCGGCAAUAAUGAGUUGAUCACGUACAAGGAACCUUUAGACACGUCAUCGGUUGUGAAAUACAUCGAAAGGCAAUCGGGUUCCCCGGUCAUGGAUCUUACCGAAAAGAACCAUCUCGAUUUUGCGCGUUCAUCUCGUGUGGCAGUUGUCGCCUUUCUUGGCUCAGGCUAUCAGCAAGAACGCAAGGCUUUCAGCUCUGUUGCUGAAAAGUGGCGGGCGCAUUAUAGUUUUUGUUCGGUUGAUGGUCUUGAAGAAGACAAUGAGGGCCCUUCCAUUGCUGUAUAUACCCACGAGGAUGACGAUCCUGUCUACUACCGCGGGCCUUUCACUGUCGGCAAUGUCGAAGCUUUCUUGCGAGAUGCAACCCAGCCGCUGAUUCGCGAAUAUGAUCCCAUCGUUCAUGACGAAGCCAUGAAGGAUGAGAAACCGCUGGCCCAAAUAUUCUUCAACAAGCAUAAUGAACGAGCUGAGCUUGUCAAGUCCCUUGUCCCUCUUGCCAAGAAAUACAAGGAUCAGCUUUCCUUCAUGACAGUCCUUGCCCCAGAUUAUCCCAAGAGAUGCGAGCAGAUGCAUCUUAGUAAGGACGUCAAGCGCGGAUUUGCCAUUGCGGAUCGACAAGGGAGAGCGUACCCUAUGUCUGAAACGGUGUUCAACGCCAACAGGAUCACCAAACAUAUAUCUGCCUAUUUAUCAGGGACCUUGGCACCAACUAUCAAAUCUGAGCCAGUGCCAGAAGUUUCUGCUACUCAGCCUUUCUUGACCAAAUUGGUUGGCAGCAACUUCGACGACUUUGUUUAUGACAAGUCCCGAGAUGUCCUGGUUGAAUUCCACGUACCGUGGUGUCAAUAUUGUACCGAUCUACACGUGCGGAUGAAUGAGCUUGGCUCCAGAUAUGCCACGCUUGGACUCUCGGACAAAGUUGCUCUGGCUACUAUUAACGUCGACACAAAUGAUGUACCAAUCGAGAUUGACUCAUACCCGUCAAUUCGACUGUAUCGCGCUGUGACAAAUGAAAUCGUGUCUUUCCAGGGCAACUUCACUCAGAUGUUGACAGUUGAACAACUUGAUACUUUCGUUUCUCAGAGUGGAAGUCAUGGAGUCGGUGUAUUUAAUCAGAAUGAAGAAGGAGCUCAUGACGAGCUAUAGUAUUUAGAUAAAAACUAUAUAAAAGGUCUCAGACGCAGAAUUUCAG